GACGGCGGCCGCCGUAAAGCACUGAAGUGUCGUGAGAGUGGCGGGUUUUUCGCUUGCUGUCUGUCUCAGCAGCCGGGGGUGCCGAAUGGGGUCGGUCUGUGUCGAGGAGCUGCUGGAGGAUCUCAAGGUCUUCGGGGUGGGCUAUGAAGAAGAGGCGGUGCCCGACAAACUGGUUGAACUAUGCAUGACGCACAGACUGGCACAGAGUGACUUGGCUAAUGAAUUAGUUGCCUUCACUACAACUAAAGAAGAUGGGUCUCGUCUCACUGUAGACAUCCUGAAUGUCUUUGAACAUGAAGUACUCAACAAAAGAGUUACUAAAGCUCAUCAAAAAAAGGACAACAGAUACUCUGGAAUCAAGGAUAUCAACACCAUUCAGGGACUCAUUGACGUGGAGGAGGAAGAGGAGAACCUCUUAGAUGCCUACACAACUCCGUCAAAAGGCUCUCAGAAACGGAACAUAACGACACCAGAGAAUCCUCGGUCUAAAAGGACUUUAUCCACCCGUAGCCCCCACUUAGUUUUCUCUCCAAACAGCUUCUCACCAAGCGCUACUCCCUCUCAGAAGUAUGGCUCCCGGAGCAACCGGGGUGAGGUGGUAACCUCAUUUGGCUGUGUACAGGACACAUCCUGGAGUGGAAAAGGAGGCCAUGGAUCAAGUGUGAAGCUCUUUGGUCCACCAGAACAGUUGCUCACCAAGAGUUACAAAUUCAUGUUCCAAAAGCUUCGUGACAUCCGGGAAGUAUUGUCCUGGAAGAUAGAAGAACUCGGGGAUGCACUGAAGAAACAUUACAAGAUCGAGGAGUUCACCUCUGUGUUAGUCCCUGCACAGGAACCCGUCACUGUGCUGGGACAGAUUGGCUGUGACAGCAACGGAAAACUGAAUGCCAAGUCAGUCAUUCUAGAAGGGGAUCGGGAACACUCUUCAGGAGGGCAAGUUCCUGUGGAUUUAUCAGAACUGAAAGAAUACUCCCUCUUUCCAGGACAGGUUGUGGUGAUGGAGAGUAUUAACAGUACAGGUGGAAAACUGGUUGCAUCUAAGCUAUAUGAGGGGGUGCCUCUUCCUUUCUACCAAUCUACAGAGCAAGUUGAUGAUUUGGAGCUGCAAAUGGUCUUGGUUGCUUGUGGGCCCUACACAACUUCUGACAGCAUCACUUAUGACCCUAUGUUGGAUCUGAUUGAUAUUAUCAACAAAGACAAGCCAGAUGUUUGCAUCCUGUUUGGUCCUUUUCUCGAUGCUAAACAUGAGCAAGUUGAGAACGGUCAGCUCAUUGGAUCAUUUGAGGAUAUCUUUAAACAUUGUCUGAAGAUGAUAAUUGAAGGGACAAGAAGUGCUGGUUCCCAGCUUGUGUUUGUACCAUCGCUGAGAGACGUGCACCAUGACUUCAUAUAUCCUCAGCCGCCUUUCAGCUAUGAGCUGUCUAAAGAUGACAAACAGCGAGUACACUUUGUGUCUGACCCCUGCACUCUGGCAAUAAAUGGAAUCAUUUUUGGCCUGACUUCCACAGACCUGCUCUUCCAUAUGGGUACUGAAGAGAUUAGCAGCUCUUCCGGUGUCUCAGACCGGUUCACCCGAAUCCUUAAGCAUGUCCUGACACAGAGGAGUUAUUACCCACUCUACCCUCCCUCGGAAGAGAUGAACGUUGAUUAUGAGAACUUCUAUAAUUAUGUCCCUUUGCGAGUCACCCCGGAUGUCCUCAUUGUUCCAUCUGAGCUGAGAUAUUUUGUUAAGGACGUCUUAGGCUGUGUGUGUGUGAACCCAGGACGGCUCACCAAAGGCCAGGUUGGGGGGACCUACAGCCGUCUGUACAUACAGAGGCAGGAUACAGAGGAAGAGCGAAAGAGUCCCUGCAUUGCUGCCCAAGUUGUCAAAAUCUAAACAGACUCUCUGCACCCUACCCUUAAAACAGAGAUGCUGGCCUUGAGUUCAGUAGGGGUUCAAAUCCAGCCUGGUUGGACGUCGGUUAGAUUUGGUCAAAAGAUGCAAGGAUGAUCUGGCGAAGGGGCUUGGAAGCAGUGUAAUACCUCCCCUUCUCUCAGGACUGCUGUUUUCCAGAAUCUUUUGCAGAGAUUUUUUGUAGCAAAUCAGACAUUGUAUUAGAGUUUAAGGCUCUUCAGCCUGUUGCAAUCAGGAAUGCAAACCUUGUUAAUGCAAAUGUGUACCUGGAGCCCUGACUUGGAUCAGCUUGUCUUCUAUUGUAAUUUGCCAAGGGGAAAGUUGUCAGCUCAUCAGAGUGAACUGCAAUUUAAAAUACACCCUGACUUUUUUCUAAAAGUUCAUGUGUUCGGCUCUGUUUCCAGGCUGUCCCUUGAGUUUUGUCAGUAUCAGCAGAGGCGUCUGUUCCAGAAGCAGCUAGAAGCCCUAGCCAAGAUGGGAAACUCAUUGUUGUGUUCGGACCCAUAGUGAGAGAGAAUCCCUGCCGCAAAGAGCUUGCCAUCUAAACAGACAAGACAAGCAAAGGAAGGGUUACUAUUUUCAAUUUAUAAAUGGAGAAUCUGAGGCAGAGACCAGAGGGGACUUGGCUAAGGUUACGCAGGAAUUUUCUGGCAGAAUAAGGACCCAGAUUUUCCUGAGUUUCAGCCGAAUGCUUUAACCACAUGCUAUUCCUUUCUCUUGCUGAAAUUAUUUUUCGUUGAUGCCAAGGUACUGGCACAAAUACACAUCUAGCUGUCUGUGCUUCCAAGUGCUGAAUACAGUGCAGUCACUGCUCUUAAAUCUGGCCUGAUUUGGGCCUUUUUCAUAUGAAAAAACAGGACUCAACUGGAAAUAGUGGGCCAUAUGGUCUAUGUGUAACUUUAAAAUUCCGGUUGAUCAGUGUAUGUAUGUGCAUGGAGCUCCCUCUAACACACACAACGAGCACCUAUUUUACCUCCACUAUUAGGAAUCAACUAGCAGCUCAAGAGUGACUUAUAGGCAGCCUCUAAUCUUUCCUAAUGCUUGGCUUCUGUGUAAACUGUCUCGCCAUUUUUCCCCCCGCUUACUCUAGACUGGAUCCCCUCCCCCAACACAAGUACAACUCCCAGAUGCACAGAGCAGCAUGGUUUUCUCUAAGAGGUUGGUAAUCUGCUCACGCCCCAGCCUUGUUCUUUGUUGUUGGUGGCACUGAUGCUAGUGGCAAAUGUUGGGAUGGCCAAGUGCAGAUACUGCAAAGUGGAAGUUGCCUAAGUAAGGCCGUUUGGGGUCUUGCAGAGUGGGAAGGCACAGUCAAUGCAUU